UCUCUCGGUGGUGUGUUGAGCUUGAUGUCGCUGCUGUUGUAGUGGUGGUGGCUGUUGUCACUGCUGCUAGCGUGCGUUUGUCUCCUCAGCACCGAGCGACAUGAGUUCCCCUUUGGCGCUCGACGGCAGCGGCAGCGAGCCACGAGUCCGAAGGGCGUUUUCGGGGUCGUGCGACCCGCCUCUACUGCCGCCGCCGGACCAUGUUGAAUACAUCCAGCCUCUCCAGGACGCCCCACUAUCAAGGUCGAUCUCCCACACCCCGCCGCUGCCGCCCACAGACUCCCAGGACGGGGGGCGCACGACUUUCGACCCUCUGGAGGAUUUCAGCCAUGACACCUCGAACCUCGAUGCCACAGACGGCUGCCUUGCGGCGGUGUGCUCUUUGCUUCAGUUCCAAAUUGCCGAGGUCUGGACAUACACCGGCGAUAUCAGCGCUGCCGAGGGAAAGCCGUUAGAACCCAUGUGCCUCCACGUGUACGCACGGCCAGCCACGAUCGAGAGCUUCAAGGAUGUCCAUGGUGCGCUGAGGGACGACAACACCAGCGCAAGACAUUCGCUUUCUCCGGGGCUUGUCGACGAGGCGCGGAAGCAGGAGCGGCUGCUGUGGUUCACCUCGAUGCACCCGGACACCCCUCUCCAUACCAGCCUUCCCCUAAACACGGCCGUAGCGCUCCCCAUUAGCCUCUCCGUGCUCCGGAGGGAUCUCUGCUUCGUCUUCUUUGCCGAGCACGACGUGAUUCGACAAGACACGGCCGUGUCGGUCUUGACUGAGCUGUCCAAGGCGGCGGGCGUGGCAAUAUCGGCGUCCUUUCCGGCCUACGCCAAGGAGGACGGUAGCGGUAGCCCGACCAGGAAGUCCGGAACGCCGAGCAUUAUGUCGGAAAACGCUGCCAGCCCCAACCCGCCCGUGGGGGAUGCCCCGCUCAACCUAGAUGUGCGAUGGGAGCAGCUCACGACGGUGGAAUUCAUGGUAAACGGUAGCCGGUGCACCAUAUACACGGCUUUCUACGGGACGACGCCUGUGGUGGUGAAGGUCAUGCGGAAAGAUGUCCAAGACAGGGACACUGUACGCCAGGAGCUGGAGCUCGAGAUGGGUCUGCUGAUGCGCCUGCGCCACCCUAACAUCGUCCGGCUGCUAGGAGCCGGUACCCGGCCAGAGCCGUUCCUGCUCAUCGAGCGAUUGGACGGCGGGACUCUGGCACAGCGCUGCGGCAACGCGGUCAAGGUCCGGGACAGAAGGCGCCGGUUCCGACACAUAAGACAGUUCACGUACGAGGAGUUGCUGCGGCAAGGCCUGCAGUUGGCCGAGGCCCUCCAGUACAUGCACAACGAGGCCAUGCCGGGGAAGCUGGUGGUGCACCGCGACCUGAAGCCGGACAACAUCGGCUUCGACUCGCAGGGCAACCUCAAACUCAUCGACCUGGGCCUGGGUAGGGUGGUGUCCAAGGCUGCCGACGACAAGGCGACGUACCAAAUGACGGGAGAGACCGGAAGCUUGCGGUACAUGGCCCCCGAGGUGGCGUUGGGGAAGCCUUACAACGGCUCAGCAGACGUGUACGGGUUCGCCAUGAUUCUUUGGGAGAUGGCCACAAUGACCAAACCGUUCGAGAUGAUGGGCCGAGAACAGUUUCUUCAGCAAGUCGUGGAAAAGGGCGUUCGACCACGCGUGAGCGAGAACUGGCCGGCUCCGUUCGUGAAACUCCUCCAAUCUGGCUGGCACCAAGACAUGCACAAGCGGAUGUCUAUUGUGGAAAUCACCACCACCUUGCGAAGCCUGCUUGAGGCAGCCGCCACCGCUGCCGCCCAGGCCCGGUCAGUGGAGCGUGCCCCUACACGGAAGUUCAACCUGUUCAAGAGCACUUCCAGAAAGCUCAACAAAGGCGACUUUCCAGCGUAGCAACGGCACGGCAGGGAAAGAUUACGGUAAAAGACAAACAGGUUAUGGUCGGGAGACCUGCGCGAGACAGAAGUGCAGUUUGAAGCCCUUGUCCUGGCGGCACCUGGUAGAAAGUAGCUGAGAGGUCGGAAAGUGUGGGCCGUGAUGUUGUUUCGCUUUGUUGUCGAACGGUACACAACCCCUCUAUUAGUUGUAGUCUUUUCGUCUUUUUUCUUUUAUCGUGUCGUUUGUGUGUGUUGUCCUUGCUCUGCGAUCCUCACACAGCACCACCAGUGUAGUGUUGAGAUUUUUUUUUCGUUUGCUACACUUAUUUCUGUCGGGAUUGUUGUUGCGCUGUGUCCCGUCUGCUUGCUCGUUCCCCGCGGUGGCAUCGGGUAGAGGAGGGACUUUUGCUGACGCGGAAUUGUUCAUCGUGUGCUUCUCAUGUUUUGAAAAGAGUCGAAAUGCUUUCUGCCAGGAGAGACUAUUUCAGGCUUUCAUGAGCAUCCGUAGUCGUUUGUAUUUGUGUGUGCUUUUCACACGUGGAUUUUUAGCGGAUAGGCCUCAUGCGAGAAAGGGUUCUAUAGAGGGACUGCGCGUAAUUUUGUGUCGAGACAUAUUAUGUGUGUUUCUAAGCAUGUAGAUGUUCGUGUUCGGGCACACGGUUUAUUUUUUGCUUUCGAACUCGCCGUUGGUUCCGUACAGUACAGUACGUCAUUGUGCGUGGUGUAGGUCGCGAGAGUGGAUGUGGUGCUUGUCCGGGCGUUCAACAUUAUACUGCGAUGUGAGGAGCGUUGCUAUGGGUGGGUCCUUCCGAGAGGAGUGAAGCGGCCCCUUCCUUGUUGUUCAAGUAGAAAACAGUGAAUAAAUGCGAAGUUUUAAUCGAAUGAGCCCCCCGACCUUUAAGAACCCGAGACGAAGCAUUACGUGAUGG